AUGGAGUAUCAAAACCAAAAUGCCAAGGAAGGUAGAUUCUGUGAGAAACUCAAGAUCAAGAGCAUGCCUAAGUUUGUAGGAGUGAGACAAAGGGCAUCAGGGAAAUGGGCAGCAGAGAUCAAAGACACAUCAAAGAAGAUUAGGCUGUGGCUUGGAACUUACCAAACUGCUGAGGAAGCAGCUCGAGCUUAUGAUGAAGCUGCGUGCCUCCUUAGAGGUUCAAACACUCGCACCAAUUUCUCUACUCAUAAAUAUGGCAUUGCUACAAAUUCUCCUAUAUCUCUCAAACUCAGAAACCUCCUUGAUCGUAAAGCCAUGUCAAAUCAAAGUCAAAUUCAAAUUCAACGCCAAUCAUCCUCUACGAUAAGUUCCACUUUCGAAGGUGCUGCUGCUACUUCAGCUAGUCCAAAUGUUAGUGCCAUCAAUAAGAUCAUGGUCAUGGAAAACUACUCUACUUGUAGUAGUGAAGGUAAUUCUAUGUUUUUGGUUCAGAAUCACCAAGUCUCUGAUAACACGUAUGGACUAGACACGAAUUUGAUCAACUGUUCAAUGGGUAUCACACCAAAUACAUCGCAAUUUGAUUGCUCUAGGGCACUAGCCCAACAAAGGAUUAACGAAUUACCAAUGCCAAAAGAUGGUUUGAAUGUUGAAAGGCAAUUUUCAGAUUCGGUAUAUGCCACCAAUGAGUGCCAUGUGGAGGAUACAUUUGAAUAUAAGUAUGAAUAUGAUUUCAAUUAUCCUCUCUCACACUUUUUCUGCUUCACCUGAUAUUUGUCCUAUCUCUUCUUAACACACA